GAUGUUGCGAUGCAGGACGGAAGCAUCCACUUCAUCCUUGUAUUUUAAAAUCUUUUCUAGCAAAACAUUCGGGAUUUUAGAUACAUUUUGUGACGUUUUAUUCUCGCAUUAUAAACCUUCAUCUCGAGGCGCUAGGAGGCCAGGUUACUGUGCUAAAUAUGGCGGAUCGAAUGCGUCGUAUCUUCUCGUCGAAUCAAGAAGAACAUAGCUAAUCAAACAAAAUUUAUGUUCAGCGAUGGACCGCGAGAAAGUGCACAAACUAAUUUCACAGUUUCUACACGAACAAGGCUACUUGAAAUCUCUCUCAGCUUUUCAAGAAGAGAGUGGUUUCGAAUUUAAAGAAGAUUCUAUAAAGAAAUCUGGUGAACUGCUGUCCGUUUUAGAUGAAUACCAUGAACUUACAAGAGACAAAGUGUUGGCUCCCAGUCUUUUGCCCUUGAGUGACAUUGCUGGUAGCACAUUUGCUAACAAGUGUUUGAUUUGUCUGGAGUGUUUGGUUGGAGGGUCUAACAUCUUAGCCUUGCGACUCCAAUCUGAUGGAGUGUUAAUAAUGGGUUCAACUGGAGGCAUGUUGACUACAUUGGUGCUCCCCGUACCUCUUCCUCAUGAUACGUCAAGCAUUAAAAACCUCCCUUCACAGACGACCCUUCACUCUGCGGCUCUUAUCACAAUUGAUUGCCAUCCAUUCAAACAGAGUCUUAUGCUUACUGGAAGCAUGGAUAGAAAAGUAUGCCUUGUCCAGCUCACAAACAGUGAGCCAUCGGUACUCCAGUCAUUUGAUCACCAUAGAAAGUUUGUUGUGCGAGUGAGAUGGUCUCCUUCUGGAAAUUGCUUUGCAACAGCUUCCUAUGACCAGAGCAUCUGUAUUUACAGAGGAAAUGAAAAUGAUAAAUAUGUGUUGAAAAAGCAGAUGAGAUUUAACGGCCAGGUUGAAGCAAUCACAUUCAGACAGACCACUGAUGUUUUGAUUACUGCCAUCCGAAAUGACCACAAAUUACAUAUUAUUGAUAUGACAGAAGAUGAACCCAACGAGAUAAAGGCAAUAAAUAUGAAUGCUCUUGGAGAUGACUAUGUCAGCUUUACAGCCAUGGACAUUAGCUGCUGUCCUUCUGACAAGUUCAUUCUUGUAUCUACUGAUAAAAACAGACUUAUUAUAUAUGAUCUUGAAAAUGGAUCCCAGAUUGCUAAUUUUUAUGGCUCGCUCAACGAUGAGUACAGUCAACCAAGAAGCUGCUGGCACCCUUCAGGGCACUACAUAUACUCGACUUCACAAGACAAAAGCAUUGUAGUAUGGGAAGUUACAAGUCAGGGAGUGGUUGCUAAGCUGCAAGGCCAUACUGGAAUGGUUCGCGAUCUAUGGUAUUGUGAACCUCUAUCCGUACUGGCUUCCUGUGGGUUCGACGGAACUGUUCGACUAUGGCAUAGUGCAGUAGAGCAAACAGAGUGAACACAAGAAAUUAAAGGGAAUACUGUCUUCCCCGUACGGCAAUAGUAGGCGUUUGUAAAUACAUAAUUGUCAUGACUCAUUUUGUGGAUCUAGGUGUAAAUAAUUGAAAUACAUGAAUUACUUCAAUAA